UGCUUUAUUUGGGUAACUGUUAGCGCGUUAGCCGAACAUGCGCCCUUUACGCAAAUGUGCACCUGCAGCUCGGCCUGUGAUUGGCUGAACGCGCGGUCAGAUUCGGGCUGCGCACUUAUCAGAUUGUAAAUCAGGGAGGAGAAAGAGCAAAGACACUGCCACAAGUGGAGAUGCACCGCGCACUGCUUUGACUUUGGCACACUUGGGAAUUUUGGAUGCACUUGGAUUUUAUUUCAGUUUGUCGUUUUUAUGUUAUUUAUUUGGAUUUUAAAAGUAUACGCGCUUUUGGUAACCCGUGUCUGUCCUGCUUAAGUGUCCUCAUCAUGCCUCGCUCGUUCCUGGUGAAAAACAAGCGCUGUGCGUCCUAUAACGUGCACCGAGCGUACAGCCACGAGCCCAAGGCCUCCACCUGCGCAGAUGUGGUUCCAAAGCUGGAGAGCCCGGAGCAGUUAUCCAGGCCUCAGACGCCCUCAGAAGAGAGACUGUCAGAGCAGAACCACAGCUCUGCAGAGGAGGACCAGCCGACGCUCCAGUGUCCUGUGCCAGUGCACCCUGACCCCUCCAGAGGCCAGGCCGCUACCACGUACUACCUAGAUCCAUCAGUAGAGAAGUAUCCUCCGUACUACAAGCCGUCGUACUGGGAGACGGUGUGCGGACCUUACGAUAUCCGACACUACACCUUUAGCCCUACGGUGAUCCAGCACACGGGCCCCCUGUACGGCUCCCACUCCCCCCGCUCCCCCCACCAGAGGAGCAGCAGCCCGCCUCCUCCCCAGCCCCUGGACUGUUCCACGCACUACUCGCCCUCCUCCAACACCUACCACUGCAUCACCUGUAACAAGGUGUUCUCCACUCCUCAUGGUCUGGAGGUACAUGUGCGGCGAUCUCACAGCGGCACACGGCCUUUUGGAUGUAGCAUCUGCAGGAAGACGUUCGGUCACGCCGUCAGCCUGGAGCAGCACAUGAACGUACACUCACAGGAGAAGAGCUUUGAGUGUAAGAUGUGCGGUAAAACGUUCAAGCGCUCGUCCACCCUGUCCACACACCUGCUGAUCCACUCGGACACGCGGCCCUACCCCUGCCAGUUCUGCGGGAAGAGGUUCCACCAGAAGUCUGAUAUGAAGAAGCACACGUACAUACACACAGGUGAGAAGCCGCACAAGUGCCAGGUCUGUGGAAAGGCGUUCAGUCAGAGCUCCAACCUGAUCACCCACAGUCGCAAACACACAGGCUUCAAACCGUUCGGCUGUGACAUCUGCAACAAGGGAUUCCAACGCAAAGUGGACCUGCGACGCCACCACGAAAGCCAGCACGCCAAGUGAGGAGCUCCAAAAAGACUGCAUUAUCUUUAAGGGGCAUAGCGGUGUAAUCUCUCAUUCAAACAGGAGUGGUCCAAGUUUUUCAAAAAGUGGCCACUAAUUUUUGAGACAUUUCCCCUCUCACCCGGGACAGUAAGCUUUGUCAGUUCUCAUUUUCAAAACAAAGCCUGAAAUUUGUACUUUCCAAAAAUGUAACUUUCAGGUGUAGGAUCUGCCUGUGCUUACCUCCAUGGAGAUGAUAUUAUUGCUUUGCCUGGAAUCUUCCACAGUAUGGCAUUAAUCUUGUCUAUACAUCCAUUAGCAAUUGGGUGACAGCUUCAGGGCAACUUACGAGUCAGAUUUUUCAAUUUUAUUUUAUUUUUUCAGCAAUAAAAACGUAUUAUAAUUGAAGAGAUGCAAGAUAGAUACAUUUCUUCACAUACUGUGGAAUAUUCAAGGCAAAUUUAAGGCAAUAAUAACUUUAUGGAAACAAGCAGAUGGAAGACCCACCAGAAAAGUUAAAUAUACAAAUAAACUUGCCUUAAAUAGUGCACCUUUACAGAGGACAUGACACAUUAAGUCUUAUUGUUGCUGGACUUUUAUGAAGAACGCUUGGAUAAGAUGUCACUAACUCUCCGUUGACUAUAAUAGUGAAGAAUACAUUGAAAGGAAAAAGACGCCGUUUGUCUUUGUUCAAAAAUGUCAUAAUAAUAAUGAAAUGAUCGGUCCAGGGGAUUUGAAAACUGUGACCGUCACGUUUUUAAUAAGGAAACAACGUUAUAACAUGGUAGAAAGCAAAAAAGUCAAAUUUGCAUAACACCUCCUCUUUAAAGUUUUGCAUGGCAUGUCUGCUUUAAUGGAAAAAUAACCUCUGUUACAAUAAUCUUUUGUUUACAUGACACCUAAAAUGGACCAACUGACUAUUUUCUAAUACUUCUCAAAAAACUAGAAAAAAAACUAGAAUGUUCCGGUGAAUAAUAUUUGUCAAUUUGCAUCAAUUUGACAUUUCUGUUACUUUAUUUCUGAAAGCACUAAAGCUGAAAUAUUACUUUGUACAAUUUUUACUCAAAGAUUUUUGCUAAUUCCCUUAAAAACUGAGUGUAUUUAAUAUAUUUGCAGUUCUUAAUGCAAUGUAAAACUAUUUUAAAUAAGGAUUUUUAAUUACUCUUUGUCUAUUUAAAAUGUAUUUAUAUUUCAUUGUUACUACAGAAUGUAUGUGUGUCGGGUUGGGUCAGAACUAUUAUAUACGAUGCUUUUUUUUUUACCAAAGAUUUGAAUGCCACAUGUAGCCUUAUUCUUCUAACGUAAAACAUAUAUGUGAAGAAUGUUGUCUUAUUUAUUUAAAAUAUUUCUUUUCCAUAUUAAUGCUUCUACAAAAAAUACAAAAUAAAAGUAUGUUGUAAAAUC